CAAUUGCGGCCACACGUUUUGCUUCUCCUGUAUCUCAAGCUUACCAAAUGUUUCUGGGGCCAGAAACUGUCCUAAAUGCAAAAAGCAAACAAGCCAACCCAUCGGUGAUAUGUUAGUUAUAUAUGCGUUGAUCCCUUCUGGGGACAAAUCUGAACGGGCCUCGAGUUCUCAACCUGAGGCGAUGUGUUCCCUGCACUCGAGUUCUCAACCUGAGGCGAUGUGUUCCCUGCACCACAAGACGCAGGAUUACCUCUGCGUGGAUUGCAUGAAACUCGUGUGCUUCAGGUGCUUCAAAGUGGCACAUGCCAAACAUACAAUUGAGUUGGUGGACGAUCUGCCUCAGGGAAAUGAAGUUGGUUACGCCAGAGCCGCGGUACGGACCAAUAUUUGCAAGAAACUAUGGCCAGUUAACGAAAUAUUGAGUUGGAUCGAUGAAGUCAUGAACCUAAAUACUGACUUGGGAAGAUGGAAGGAUUCGCUGGAGAUCCAGAAAGGACCUAUAGAACAAGACCUUGAGUCCUGGGACGUGUUCUCAGUCAUCGAUAUGGAUGAGAACAAGAGACGAAAGUGCAAGGAAAUUCUCAGCCGUCUGAAAUUGAAACCUGUAGAUACUACUACCAAGCUACUCGAAUUCAAAGCGAAGUUGGAUGCUGCCAGCAAAAAGUGCGAAGCGAUGAUGGCCAGACACCCCAACAAAGCUCAGGCCAGCCUACAGCCAUUUGGUGGAAAAUUCGCGCCCAACUGCGGGUCCGGAACCCGCCCUGCGAGGUUUGGCCGUGACUGUAAAGAAACCCAGGAAGAUGAACCUCAUUCCAGCCUGCUGAUUGCUGCACCUAAGGCAACCCAUAGAAGCUCUUGGUCCCACACACAAGGAAGUAUGUUUAGCACCACAGUUUCUUCCAGUCCAGCAUCUAACCGUGGAACACUGUGGCUCAAGAUGCCGUUCGUGGUCGCCUCCACCCUUAAUGCCCCUGAAACAUCAGUGAAGCUGCUGUCUACCUACAGAGGCAUCAAGCGCCGCAAUCUUCUCUCCGACACACCCCCCGCAUUCACUCCGGAUCAAACCAGACAGGCAGUUUGGAGCUCGGCUACCGCCACCGGCCCGGACUCCCUCACCAUCCUCCACCUCCGUCAUCUGAGUCCCAGAGGCAUCCAGUACCUCACCGAACUUUUCAACCUGUCCCUGGCCAAGGCCGACAUCCUUGUCAUCUAG